GUGACAUAAGGGACGUGGGGACGUGAAAACGACUUUCUUGUUGAGCGGCGUGAACUGUGUGAAUGAAGCUGCAGUUCGUGAGUAAAAAACACGUAGACAAAUUGAAUCGCAUGAUCGAAGUUUGCAACCCUGGCGGCACACGGGAGGUCAGUGGACGUCACGCAGUUAUUAUCGUUCGACGAAGAGGGAUUUGCAAUAAAUCUAUCAACUCGGUGUAAAAUAUAUAAAAUUCCUGGGAUUCUCUCGCUGUUGAACAUUCCGGGUCAGUGCGGGAGGGCCUCAGGUAAAAAAACAACCACUGGUAACAGUGAACGUAAACUUUCGUCGUGAAAUCAAUCCCACCCUGGUUAUACUGCCGUUGCCGAGUGUAAUCAUUGUAUGUUUAAAGUGUUGUGUUCCGUCGCCGAGAAACUGAUAAGUGUCUAGAAAACGUUAAAAGCUACCCCUUUUUGAACCUGACAUUACACUCGGUCCAUAUCCUUGGACAGAGAGAUUGUAUAGCAGGUUAUGUCAGCUGGAUUGGCAGGGGCUGUUUCAGAUCAGGUCAGUCUGUUGACACGGUACCAACUUAUUUGCCAUUCAUCAAUCCUUACGUCGAAGCCAGUGACUUAAAAUAUUGUGAAUUUUUCCAUGCUACGGGAUGCAGCGGAUGAAAGGACAAUCCAACAAUCAGGCCUUUCAGCAGUAAACCAGUAGAUGUCUCGUUAACAUGGAAUCUGUAUAUGUGACAGUAAGCAAUGGUCCCAAAGAGCACCAGCAGCAGCAGCAACAAGCGGAGCAUGUGGCUGGGGAGGAUGCAGGGUUUGAUUCAUGGAGAGGCGGGAAUAAUGUUCAGCAUCACUCGAGCUACCCAAUUGGUACGGGAGACCCAUACACGCCAUACUACGGGACAUCAUUUCCCUAUCAGGCGUUUGGCGCGGGAGAUGGAACUUGGUCGAAUGGAACGGAUCCUGUUGCGUUCCUCUCAGGAUAUGGAGGACAAAUGGGACAUGAUUCGUACGGAAUGGACGGAAUGUUUUCGGCAAGUGCCGGCGGAGGUUUUAGCACCUUUGGUCAGCCAACGUUCAAUUACUUCCAUGGAAAUGGAGACUAUAGCACCUGGGGUACGCCAAGGAAAGCUCGGUACGAAGACUAUUAUCAGGCACCGAGAGGUAAUGAGAGUUACCCGACGCCCAGUGGCGGUGCUGAAAUGAAGUCUCUAGAGCAAAGCGUACAAGGUUUGUCUAUUGGAGGUGAACCAUCACGACAAGAACAGCAGUUACCACCUAAUCAGCAGUCUAACAAAUCUGAGUCAAAAGAACCCAAGAAAAUGACAUGGGCCAGCGUUGCCAGCCAGCCUGCAAAACCUGUACCACCUCUUUCUGCUUCUCAGGGUAUGAAGAAGAAAGCAGGAAUGCCACCGCCUCCGAUGGUGCCUGGAAAACAUAAUAUGGACAUUGGGACUUGGGGCGAAGGUAAAACUUCAGCCCCCCCACCAAAGGCCCCUCCCCCACCGCAAGUACAACCUCCGGUUCCGCCACCUCCACCUCCCGUUCAAAGGCAAAGGCCGCGACCACUUCCCUCCUGGGUUCAGCAACCAACAACCCCACCUUCACCCCCUCCAUCUCAAAUGCAGAUCCCGCAACAACAAGCUCCUCCACCCCCGACGCACCCUGUGCUACACGAGUUGAAGGUAAAGAAUGAUUACAAUCCUACAGAAUUUGACCAGACCGCUCCUGGUGCAAGGUUUUUUGUCAUUAAAUCGUAUUCCGAGGAUGAUAUUCAUAGAUCUAUCAAGUACGAAAUUUGGUGCAGUACGGAGCAUGGCAACAAGAGACUAGACCAAGCUUACAGGGAUGCCAGUAGGGACGGCGCACCGUUAUAUCUGUUUUUUUCUGUUAAUGGAUCGGGACAUUUUUGCGGUAUGGCGCAAAUGGUUUCUUCGGUUGAUUACCAAAGCAACAGCUCUGUUUGGUCGCAAGAUAAAUGGAAAGGACAAUUUAGAGUGCGUUGGAUUUAUGUUAAGGAUGUUCCUAACGUCCAGCUGCGACACAUUCGUUUGGAGAAUAAUGAAAAUAAACCUGUAACCAAUUCAAGAGAUGCUCAGGAGGUACCUCAUGCACGGGGGUUACAAGUUUUACGUAUUUUGCACACCUAUCGCCACUCUACUAGUAUUUUUGACGAUUUUGGACACUAUGAACGAAGGCAGGCUGAAGAAGAUCAACGAAAGGCACCGCCUAAUCCCAUACAACAUCAUCCUCCUCCCAAUCACAGGGGUAGGGGUCAUUCCGGUGAACCUCCUCAUCCGCACCACCAGCAGCACCAACAACACCAGCAUCCACACCAACAUCCGCAACAGCAUCCACACCAGCAUCAACGGAAGGAACGUGAAGGUGGCCGAGGAAGAGGCCGCGGUGGACCACGCCAGUAGCAAAGAUUACAAAAAAAACAUAAAAAUAAUAAUAAUCACCAUAAAAGAAGGACGCUCCGACUAAUUAUCAAAAUAUUAAUUACCCCUUUGCUUCUUCCCUGGACCUUUGAAAGCCUUCUGACUGCUGUGACUGGACUCUCGUCGUUGAAGCUAUCCCCUUUCAUUACACGAUUGAACUGUACGGUAAUUAGCAUUGGGUUCAACAUCAUAAUGAUUAUGUUACAACAAUUCUUGUGCAUGAAAUUAUUCAAUUUCAACGGAUGUUGGUAAACUUGGAAAUGUUUACAAGCAUAAAGUGUUGUGGAUAUCGUGUAAAUGGGCGAAUGGUGUAAACGUACAAAUUUAAAAGAAAAAAGAACGCAGAACUGACAGAAAAAAAAACGUAAGAAAUAAAAAACUAUGACGAUGUGGACUAACAUAUGUAUAUGAAAAUGCUUGAAUGUACUUUUGUUCAAAAUCAAGAAAGGACGAUAGUUUAAGCAAGUGCCGGUUUGAAUUAUCUUUUCAAACUGCAAUGAACAUUAUAAUCUGGUGCCUGCAACUGAAAAAGAAAGCCCUCCCUUCUUAAAUGGAUUUAAAAAAAUAUUAUGUGGAGGCUUCCCACGAGGUUUUAUGUUUUCUAUGUAAUCAUGCCCAAUCAAUGGAUAAUAACAACUAA